UUCGAGCUGAGCCCAGAAAGCAGAUACAUGACAACGUUCUACACCCAUCAAGGCCUGAGGCGUUUCAAAAGGUUAAAUUUUGGCACCAAUUCCGCUGCUGAGAUUUUCAAUGAGGAAAUUCGUCAAACGCUGGUGGAUAUUGAACAUGCUGAAAACAUCUAUGAAAACAUUAUCGUGUUUGGAAAAUCUCAGAAAGAACAUGAUCGAGCACUUAUGCAAGUAUUACAGCGCCUUGAUGACUGCGGUCUAACACUUGGAAUGUCAAAGUGCAGUUUUAACCAACCAGAAAUCAAGUUUUUUGGCAUGACUUUCUCAUCAGCAGGAAUGUCACCAUCACCUGACAAAGUACAGGCUCUACAUGAUGCCCAACCACCCGCAUCUGCAGCUGAAGUUCGAUCCUUCUUGGGAAUGGCUAAUUUCAGUGCUCAUUUUAUUCGCAACUACUCUGCUCUUACAACCCCGUUGCGGUUGCUCACUAGAAAGAAUGUUACUUUCAACUGGACCAAUGAUCGUCAAAAUGCUUUUCAGUCAAUUAAAGAGGCCCUCUCACAAGACACCACAAUGGCAUACUUUGACCCAACACGAGAAACAAAGCUCAUUGUAGAUGGCUUCAAAUAUGGCUUCUCUAGCAUCUUGACACAACUUGAGCCCCAAACACAACAAUACAAAGUAAUCAGAUACGACAGCAGACCGACAACAGACACUGAGAGUCGCUACUCACAAAUUGAAAUUGAGAGUGCUGCACUAGCAUUCGCCAUGCAGAGAAACCAUAUCUAUCUACAUGGCCUUCAAAAUUUCAUUGCAAGCACAGAUCACAAGCCUUUGUUACCCUUGUACAACCAGUACAAGGCAGAACUUCCGGCACGAAUCCUGCGGGACAAGUUGAAGCUGCAAGAUUAUAGCUACACACUAAUUCACAAGCCGGGGAAGACAAAUCCAGCUGAUUAUCUUUCCCGGCAUCUAGUUGUCUUAGCUGAUGUGUGUACCGUAACAAAGAAAUCCAUAGAAGAGGAUAUGCUAUACAUUGAUGCAGUUGUCCGAGCCAACCUUCCCAAGGCUGUAACAAAAGAACACACGGUAAAAGCUACACUAGAGGAUGAAACAUUGACAGUUCUCAAAGAAAUGAUCUCACAGGGAUACAUCAGCAAAGAACAGAAAAAGAGAUUGGCUUCAUAUGCACAUAUAUUUCCAGAGCUUUCAGUAGUGGAUGGCCUAGUGCUCAGAGGUAGAGCCACUCAAGCCAACAGAACUACCCACAGAUCCAUGGUCUAAACUUGCAACAGACCUAUAUGGUCCAUUAGACACUGGUGAAUACCUGCUGGUUGUACAAUGCCUGUACUCCAGAUUUCCUAUGGUCGAAAUCGUGCGUUCAACUUCUGGUACAGCAGUCAUACCAGCAAUGGACAAAAUUCUCUCAACAUUAGGAAUCCAAGAUGAAAUAGCAAGUGACAAUGGGCCACCAUAUAGCAGUGAGGAAUUCAAAUCGUUUGCAAGAUGGGUUUUGAGCACAAAAAGAAAAUACCAUAUGCACCAUGGGCCGAAAAUUUUAUGAAAAACCUAGAAAAAAUCAUUCGCUCCUCCACAGAAGAGCGUCUAAACUGGAGACAGGAAUUACAGAAAUACCUGAGGGCCUACAGAGCUACUCCACACACAAUGACAAAGCAUUCUCCAGCCAGUCUCCUUUUCAAUGGACGAAGGUACAAGAUCAGUGGUGCAGCGUCAGUGAUGCCCUCAAAUUCCAUCACCAGUUCUAGGUUUUCUAUCCAGAGUUUCCAUCGGGGUUCUUGAUUGCUACCAGCAUCUUGUUGCACAUCUGGAUUAAACUCCGUUACGCACGCGUCUUCCAGCACCUACCAGUAAGAAAAUAUUGCUUUAUGACAGAGAGGUGCGUACAAAGGAUGCUAGGAGCAAAGAAACAAUGAAGCAGAACGCAGACAGCAAGAGUUAUGUAAAAGAACUAGAUAUUAAAGUAGGGGACACAGUUCUGUGUCGACAAGCGAAGCUCAACAAGAAAACCACACCUUUCAACAGCGAGCCGAUGAUUGUUGUGAAGAGGAAAGGCAGUUUAUUUACAGCCAGAAAUGCCACAAGAACCAUCACAAGACAUAUUACAUUUUUCAAGAAGCUACAAAGGCUGGAUGAGAACAAGUCAAGGUGCGAAGGAGAUUAUACCACACAGCCACUUUCACCUGACACUGAUGAAAGAGAAGAAAAUGUCAUUCCACCAAAUGAAGUGCCAAUAGAAAGACCGGUGAGAAUAAGACAAGCUCCUGCUAGAUACAGAGAUGAAAACUUUCAGACUGAGUUUUAAUCUAACAAUGCAACAGACACAAUAGAACCAUGUUAUCUGUACUUUAUCAAUAAUGUUAUGUUAUGUUUUGUUUUGUAAUUAGGGAAGGAAUGUUAUGUUCUAAACGAGGCUGUUUGAUUAUGAGGUUAAUAUGAUGUAACAUCGAAGUGACAGAAGCACGUCUUUAUAUGUGUGUUACUCUUUGUCUAAUUGUGGACUCUUCAUGCACUACGACAUUUAUUUAGUCAUUUUGGUCUACCAUAUCAUAUCGUCACGGAUAAUGGAACACAAUUUACUAGUAAUGAAUUUGGAACAUUCCUACGUUUGAACAACAUACUUCACACAAAGACAGCACCUGCGCAUCCAGCAACGAAUGGACUAGCCGAACGCUAUGUAGGACAUUUCAAGACAAAAACUACACAGAUGAAAGUAAGUAAUGAAGCAUUACGAGUCAGAUUGGAUAAGUUUUUAUUCACGUAUAGAGUAACGCCUACAACGAUUGGAAAGUCACCUGCAGAGCUGUUAGUGAAUCGACAACCCAAGACAAGAUUCGAUUUACUAAGACAGAAGAGUUACCAAGACACAAAGCAACAAGUCAAGAUUUUCCAAGAUAACUCGGAGUUCAAAACUGAUUUCAAACCGAGUCAAGCUGUAUUUGUUUUAAAUAUUGGUAAAGGGCAAAGUGGUUACCUGGAUAAAUUUUGAAGGAGAUUAGCCCAAGAAAUUAUGAAGUCCAAGUCGAGAACAUAGUUUGGAAAAGACACUGCACACAGAUUAGACCAAGGUACAUUCCAACUAAUUUAAAGUGGACCUAAACUCUGUACGUUUAGGGUCACCUUGGGUAAAUCAAGGGUCCUAAAAAUGAGUAAAUUAUUUUUUAGUGCAUUCCAUAUUUGUGAAAGCCCCCAUCAUGGCUCCCAAAGUUGUAGAACCCUUCCUAUAUGACCGCGCAGGAAAGAAGCAUGGGCUCUAAUCAGUCGAUGACGUCCGCCCAGGAUCACACAAUAAUUUUUUGCGCGUUUGAAAGUGCUUAGUCAUUAGUCACGAUAUUCGGUGUGAAAACAGUGGAAGUCCUCGAUUUUUUCUUUUUGACGGAAUUCUAACAAAUAUCUCAAAAAUGUCUUCAGAUGAGUCUGAAAGUGACAGGCAAGGAAGUGAAUUCGAAGAUUUCGCAAGCUUUUUGGAAGACAUUGACAAGCUUGGCCAAGAUUUUGCGUCUGCCUACCUUGACGAGCCACUGGCUGAUGAGGAAUACAUGCGUCGGUUCAAUCAAGAAACGGCAGAAAGAGUGCAGAAAGAAGAAAAAUUAAAAAAAAGAUUUGAAAAUGCUUUCGAUUUAGAGAAUUGGUGUAAAUGCGGUCAUUGCUCAGUGAAGCUACUUCAAAAUCCCGAGGAAUUCCUGUGCUGCCAAGAAUUGGAAGGCUACAUAGAAGCAUUGCAAAGUGAGGAGGUGCAGAGAGAUAUUGCUGGGGAAAUGACUUGUGUCACUGACCAUCCAGGUUUCGCAGAUGUCUGCCUUAAAAAAUGGUGCUUGAAGCAAGCUGCUGACAAAUAUAAGACAAGAGCAGGACAAAAGUAUGACAAAUCAGGAAAGGAAAAAAGAUUUAUUUUUAUCUUGGUUGCUGAGAAGUGUCUCCCAUUGAGAGUUUACACGCCUUAUAUAUGGAAAAUUGGGUAACAAACGCAUUCCUUGGCCUGCAUGUGCAUAUGAUGCAAUAAGGACAACCUUUCCAGUGGAU